GCAUCAAAGAGAAAAUUUGUGUCGUUGAAUAGAAAAAUAUGAAUUGCCAUCAAGAUGAUAAAUCAUUUGAAGAGGUUGUUUAUGCACCCACUGAGGCUGAGGAAGGGAAAAUUCAGCUCAAACCAAAGAAAAGUAGAAAGAAAAAUGAUACGUUAUUUUUAUAUUUCGUUGUCAUUACGGCUAGUCUUCAGAUAUUCGUAAAAGCAAGCACCAUAGUCUGGCCAUCCCCCGUGAUCCCUCAAUUCAAAUCGAAUAACUCGGAUAUCAACCCUCUGGAAGAUCGGAUAACAACGGCUCAAAUAUCAAUGCUAUUUGGAAUACCGUCAGCGUUCAAAAUACUGGGAGCACUAUCACUGGGAAAAUUACCAGAUGUCAUCGGUAGAAAGAAUACCUUGCUCGCUAUAUCGUUACUAACUCUUCUGCCCCAUCUAGUGAUGGUCCUCUUCGGAAGCCAUAUAUACGUUUACAUCAUUGGAAGAUCCGUCGUGGAAAUAGGUCUUGGGUUUCUACUGUCCGCUUUGCCAAUUUAUCUGAACGAGAUUUGCGAAGACCACAACAGAGCUAAACAUGGAUGUCUCAUGAUGUUCUUUUUACCCCUGGGGGGUCUUUACGGCUAUCUUGUAGGUCCUGUUACCAGCGUCAGAUGGUUCACAUUUUUAUGCGCAGCACCUUUGAUCCCACAAAUCAUUUUUUUAUUGGUACUGUUUCCUGAGUCACCAAUUUACUCAGCCGCUAAAGGAGAUAGAAUAACCACCAUGAACACAUUGAGGAAGCUGAGAAGCAACAAAACCGAAGACGAAAUCGCUCAAGAUUACAUUGAGAUUGAAAGAUCUCUGAUGAAUCGAAAUGAAGGUGUUGGAUGCGGAUUCAAAGACCUCUUCUCAACGCGCGGUUCGAGGAUGGCAACUUUGAUUGGAUUUUUAUCAAGCGUGGGUUUGCCAGUCUCCGGAGUGCCUAGUAUCAUGGCCUACGUAGCUCCCCUCUUCAAUGAUGCUAACACGAAUCUUUCUGGAAACUUAGUGGCGAUCCUAGUGGGAGUUGUGAAAUUGACUUUUUAUUUCAUAACAUUUGCAGUUGUGAAAAAAGUGGGUUCAAGACCCUUGUUACUUUUUUCUUACAUCGCUACUGGAGCUUUUCUCACCAUCAUUGCUGUGUAUUUCUAUCUCAACACCACCAAUUCGUCGAUUGUUCAUGCCAUCAGAUGGUUACCUAUAGUAUGCGUACUACUUUACAUUGCCUCCUAUUCUUUAGGUAUAGGUUCGGUAUCAGUAUCUUUGCUGAGCGAACUAUAUCCUAACGAUAUGAGGUCCACAGGUUGUUGCUUUGUUAGAACAUCCGUUGCUAUUAUCAAUGCCGUUAUAUCCACAUCUUUUCCUCUGGUAGUAGAGCAUUUGGGAGUGCAUUAUAGCGUUGGAAUGUUUAGUGCAGGCUGCUUCCUGAUUUUUGCUUUCCUGUACUUCUUUUUGCCGGAGACCGGUGAUAAGAGUUUUUUAGAAAUUCAGGAGAUAUUAAACAAGUAAAUGCCAUCUAGUGACUUGCCAAUAACUGUAGGCUUUCAAUAUCACUGUCACUGCUAUAUGAAAACUAUGUUUACAUUGGAAUCAUUUUGAAUGGUCCAAUGUUCCAACUCAUUCCAUUAUCAAAUACAAAUAAAUAACAUUAUGGCAACAAAGUAACUGAAGUCUGGGUUGAACUACGUACGGUGUUUGAGUUAUGCGACUUUGGAGCCAUUUACAGGAAGCUAUAACUAUACUGAGUUCUCAGUCUGCCUACUUCCCAGGAAGGAACACGAUGUAAGGGUCUCUUCACUGGUCUCUGCGAAAGUCUCAAUCUGUCUACUCUCAAGCGUUGACUGUGGGUUCAUAGGUUCUGUGGAGACUUUGGACUAUGUACUGUGGUCCAGAGGCUAUGUUGUGCCUGUGGGCUGUGGACGUUUGAGACCCUUUAGACCGGGACAUAGAGACCCGAUGUCAAGUCACAAAAUCCUUACAGGGUGUCACUCUCUGAGGAUUAGGCAAAUUGGGACAUCAGUGUGGUCAUAGCUUCUUGAAAAUGGCGGACAGA